UGCGCGUGCGUGCGUGUGCGUGUGCGCGCGCAAUGCAAAACACUACAACUGUCUACUGUUGCCAGCUCGCUGCCUUAUAGCUGCGUUUGUGGACUUUAAGAUAUUCAUUCUGCUUCUUUUUAUUAUGGCAGACUUGAGAGUGUUCAAUGUGGUAAUCCUGGGAAUAGGAUUUCUGCUAAUUUUCACGGCUUUUACAACAUGUGGAAACAUUGAACAAACUGUGAUUAAAAGCGUGGAAAAUAGGACCUUCAUAGGAAGUGGCUACCACAGCCUUGGGAUUAUAUAUGGAGUGUUUUCAGUCUCUAAUCUAUUUGCACCCACUGUGGUUACGGUGCUGGGACCUCAGGUCACCAUGUUUCUCAGCGGAGUGCUGUACAGUGGCUACAUCGCCGUGUUCAUCCUCCCUGCCGCCUGGAGCCUGUACCUGACCUCUGUGCUCAUUGGCGUCGGAGCGGCCAUGCUUUGGACAGCUCAGGGACACUUCCUGGUGCAGAACUCAGAUGCUGAUACAAUCAACAGAAACACAGGGGUGUUCUGGGGUCUUCUGCAAUGCAGCAUGCUGUUUGGAAAUCUCUAUAUCUAUUUUGAUUGGAAUGGAAUAACAGAAAUAACAGAGGGCAACAGGAAGAGCCUGUUCAUAGCCCUGCUGGUGCUCUCUGUGCUGUGUCACGCCUGUGUUGUUGUGCUUUCAGAGGGCAACAGGAAGAGCCUGUUCAUAGCCCUGCUGGUGCUCUCUGUGCUGGGAACGCUGUGCUUCCUGGUGCUGAGAAGGCCACCCGUGCAGGAGGACAUCCUGUCGGAAGAAGAAGGGCAGUCCUUGCUCUCAGCUCGCGUGAUAUACAAGCAGAGGGCAGUGUCGGCCGUCAGGGAAGCCAGAUCAGACUUGGGGACUAUGCUGCGGCUGCUUCGGUCCAGAACUAUACUGCUCCUCAGCAGCUGCAUGGCCUACAGCGGUUUGGAGCUGUCCUUUUACAGCGGGGUGUACGGGACAUGCCUGGGGGCGACGGCACACUUUGGAGAUGCAGCCAAAGGCCUGAUUGGGCUCUCUGGGAUAGUGGUGGGGGUCGGGGAGAUCCUCGGUGGAGGCCUGUUUGGGCUGGUGUGCAGGAACAACCGUCUCAGACGCACAUCCGUGGUCUUCCUGGGCAUGGUGGUGCACUUCGUCGCCUUCUACCUCAUCUUCCUCAACAUCCCGGACGACGCCCCUCUGGUUACGAGCAGCGUCACGCAGCACGAGCCGUACCUGCUGCCCAGCAUAUCCAUUGCCUUGCUGUGCAGUUUCUUGCUGGGGCUGGGGGACAGCUGCUUUAACACCCAGCUCUACAGCAUCCUGGGCUGUGUGUACGGAGAGGAAAGUGCACCUGCCUUCACCAUCUUCAAAUUCAUCCAGUCCAUAUGUGCAGCCCUGGCCUUCUUCUACAGUGGUUACCUGCUCCUCUCGUGGCAGCUGCUGCUCAUGGUGCUGCUAGGAUUUGUGGGAACUCUCUGCUUCUUCCUGGUGGAGAAGAUUCAGAACCUGACCGAAGCCUUGGAACAACCGUAACUGUCCUGGACAUCUCAUCCCAUCCGUUCACUUUCCGUUAUACGGGGCCAAAGUUUGGUAUCAUCUCAAACGAAGGAUAUGCACUAUUUUAUAUCAGCUUUAAAUGAAGUAACUCAGUGCAAUACACAAAUAAUAUUAUUAUACAAGUUAUUUAUGUGUGUGCAAAUGGUCACUUGAGAAAGACUGUACAUUUCAGUUUAAUCUUUGUUAGGCUCAUCAUGCUGGCCUUCCUUGUACAUUUUUCUCAGGGCUGUAUAAGAAUCAUGACCUUUCUGCACCAGAGACAGUUUUAUGCUCUAAUAGUACUUUAACGUCAGAUAUUAUUGGGACAAUCACAUAAUAAAAAUGAUACUGUGUGCAGGAAGAUAUUUUUCACUUUAAUGGAUUUUGACAGUUAUGGUAAUUUAUGAUUGUACUUAGCAGGUAAGUUAUGGAUAUGUCCAGCUAUUCAUGUUCUGUGAAUAUACAGAUGAAAGUCAGUUUGGCACCAAAGACACCUGACAGUAAUGGAGGCAAAUUCACUAUGAAUUUCACUGUUCAAUUCCUUUUAAUUACUCCAGGAAAACACAUUCUGAGGUUCUGCCGAUUUUUACCAGUGCAAUUGCUAUAUACAAGACUUCAUAACUUCACAAUGAUAACUUUACUACAUAAUAAUACAUUUCACUACAACAAUCAGUACCAUUUCAAAAAAGAAA